AAGCUGAUUGAGCACUCUUACAGCAAACACAUUUUCAUUCGAGAGAAGAAAAAAACCCCUAUUCAACAAACAUGAACUCCGUUUUCGUCGCCCUUGUCCUGUCAGGCGUGGUGUGUGCUGCUGUCGCUGACCUGGGUUAUGGUCACCACCGCAGUUACGCAAGCACCCCGUACCAUGCUGACCAGGGUUACGGAUAUCAUCACCGAGAACCCGCUUAUGGCCACCACGCGGUUUUGACACCCGUGCACCCGACUUACAGCACGGGUUACAAACAACACCAGCACGUCGGUUAUGGUCAUCAUGGCCAUCAUCAGCCAGUUCGGAAGAAAAUCGAGUUGGUGUUUAUUGAUGCUCGUGUUGCUGAUAUUGACCAUGAUGAGCAUUUUGCCACAGAGUACAGAAGCAGCAGGCAAAGGUCAAAGAUCCGCUACCCAUACUACGACAAAUACGGUCGUGGAAAAUUGCUGUAUGGUUAUGGAGGACCUGAUCUUUACGAAUACACUGCCUUUAAACCCAUUGAUGGUUAUUAUAAGAAAUGAGAAAAUUCGCUUGUAUUUUUAUCUGUUUUUUCUGAGUGGAAAUUUUGUUAUUUAUUAUACCGUAUUUGUUUCAUUUUCGAUCGUUGAUUAUGUCACGUUCCGUUGGGAUCGAAUCGGACCAGUUUUUUGUUUCAAGAUGAGAGUCGAUUCUGAGGAUUUUUUUGGCACGACAAAUUUCUUAGUUGUUUUAAUUUUUGGGCAAAUAUAUCGACGAUGAACCGAAUGAGAAA